GGCCGGCGGGACAGCCAAGCUGCUCCCACCCCCACCCCUGAUAAAAAUCCGAGGCUGAACGCAACCGGGAGCAGGCCUAGGAAAGGAGACGAGGCGACACACUUGUGGGUACUCUCCUCUGACCCCCACACGGCCCGGGACGACGGAGAUGGCCCGAACCCCAUCAGCCCCAAAGUGCGCCCCCCUUACUGGCCAGCCCCCCUCCCUUCUCCGGGCUGGAAAGCCUCUUCUCCCCGCACUCUCCUCUUCGGCCAAUAAAGCCAUUUCUCAGCGACCACGUGUGACCGUGACAGGCCGGAGGCCCUGGAGGGAGGGUGGUGGGCCCGGGGCAGGGCCCGCUACGGCGGGGCCGCUCGCCUCCCGGGCCGGAGUUCGCAGGCACCCAGAACGCGGCCGCAGCACCCCCUACCGGCGGGCGGAAGUGCGGGACCGGAAGUGCGUAAUCCACUGGCGCCCACGCCGUGCGUCCAGAGAGCCCGCUGCGGAACUCGAAGGUGCCGCCAUGGCUUCCACCGGCGUCGGCGCGAGCGCUGCGGGAUCUGCAAAUGAAACGCCCGAGAUCCCCGACAACGUGGGCGAUUGGCUUCGGGGCGUCUACCGCUUCGCCACCGAUAGGAAUGAUUUCCGGAGGAACUUGAUCCUCAACUUGGGACUUUUUGCAGCAGGCGUUUGGCUGGCCAGGAACUUGAGCGACAUUGAUCUAAUGGCACCCCAGCCUGGGGUGUAGCCACCUAGCAGGUUCUACCAUUCUCAGCUGCAGGGAGCUAGUCUGCAGGUGAGGGUGAAGUCUUGCAGAGAUCGGCUGAGAGGGAGCAUUUGCAGGUGACGGUCUGCUCUUUCCCGCCCUUCCUGCCCCCCACCUCCACCCCUCCACACUCCUGUCCUGACAUCACCGCUGCCGUGUAGCCCACCUGAACUGGCUUUUUGCCCUUCCUUCUUGCAGCGCCUCUACCCUGCCCCGAGUCUAUAGAGGCCCGAAGCACUGUGUGGUGAAAGCUUCUCUUCCAGAGGUGCCGAGUGUGCGCAGUCUGGAUAUCUUUAUCCGUUUUUAGUGCAA